AUGGGCGUUCAGGCUGCCGUCGUUGACAAGAUUCCGGUGACAAUUAUCGAAGGUCGUCGAGGAUCUGGUAAAACGAGUAUCAUCAAUCAACUCAUUCUCAAUUCCUCCUUCUACUCAGCCAAGACAUCGGAUACGAUCGAUUCUGGCUGUGUUCCGGACGGAGGUACCACCUGGAACUCGGCCAACUAUGAAUGGAUGAGAGCUGUCGCCGCACGUCUCGUCGCCUUUCACAUUUGCGACAUACAAAGUUCUUCCUCCUGUUCGAUACCGGAGUUCGUAUGUAACCUUGGCGCAUGGCUUUCCAGGUCUCCUAUACUCAAAAGCUAUGCGGAUAUUCUCAAUAAGAGCGAGGAAACAGAAUCGCUGUUGAAGGUGGAUGAGUGCAUCAAGCAUGAUGCACUGCACGUAUUCCGAAAGGCAAUUGCGGAACCCUUAUUGCAGUUGAAUUGUCUCGAUCAGGGCAGUCUAGUGAUUGUUGUUGAUGGUACAGACGAGGCUGAGUUUCAUCGUAGUGAAGAUGGAAGGUCAAUAGGGACAUUCAUUUGCACUCUAAUACCUCAUCUGCCCCCGUGGGUUCGGUUCGUCGUCUCAUGCAAUCCGGAAAAUUCAAACGUCUACGACGAUGUUAUGACGCGAAGAAUCAGAAUAGGUCAGAGUUUGCUUUAA